AUGUCUGUUAAUAAAGAAGACACACUUCGCCAGUUUUGUGAUGUUACGGGUGCUGACGAUGCUAGAAGCAGAUUCUUUUUAGAAUCCGCUAAUUGGCAACUUGAGGUUGCACUAUCCAGUUUUUAUGAACAUGGUGGGAAUGUUGAUGAUGCUCCUGCAAAUCCCACACCUGCUGUGGCUUCUCUACCAACUCUAUCUGAUAGUGACAUGGAGUCACCACCUGCCUCACCACUUCAUGUACAAAAGAAAGAUAAGAAAAAACAAGCGAAUACUAAGUUUGCCACAUUACAAUCGUUGCACUGUGCCAGCUCUAGUGAAGAAGAUGAAGGUCAAGCUUUCUACGCUGGAGGUUCAGAGAGAUCAGGUCAGCAGAUCUUAGGUCCUGGUAAAGGACGAAAAGAUAUUGUCACAGAGAUGUUUAAAAGUGUCAGAGAACAAGGCGCCGUGGUCUUCGAUAACGAACCGACCUCAUCGGGUAGGGGACGCGGAGCGUUCAGUGGUGCUGGAUACAGACUCGGACAAACAGCUGAUGAUCAUGAGCAAGUCACACCUGGCGGUAAUAGUCAACAACAGGAACAAUCUCGGUCCGUGAGGCUGCGGCUGUACCGUGAAGGGUUCACGGUGGAUUCGGGGCCGAUUAGAGCCUACACUGAUCCAGAGAAUAUGGAAUUCCUUAGCAGUAUACGACGAGGUGAAAUACCGAGUGAGUUGUCAAGGGGGAGGUGGAGAGGUGCGAGUCAGUUUAGAGGACCGUCGGCACGAAGAGUGUCCUCGAGGUACUUCGUCCAAACCACAAGCUUUUACUGGAAAGGGGCAUAUACUUGGAAGUCCCACGCCUGCGACCGUGGGCGCGACGGCCCCUGUGGCCGCCUCCGUAGACGAUCGUGCAGCCAAUCAGAGGGCGGCGCAACAAGCUGUCGCCCUGGACGAGGCCGCACCCGUCACCACUAUCCAGUUUCGCUUAGCCGAUGGCAGUCGGCUAACGGGUCGCUUCAACCACACUCACACAGUAGGCGAUUUGCUGCAAUACGUGUCGAGAGCCGAGCCCGCUUACCAAUUGCAGUCGUUCGCUCUGCUCACCACAUUCCCCAGUGUUGA